AUGACAUCCUACCUUCAGAAAGAAAGGAUCCGAGACCAGUGGAAGACUUCGCGAACCGUUCUUAUCCAUAAGAAAGGUGACCGAGAGGACCUUCGGAACUACCGUCCGAUAUGCUUGCUAAGCGUGUUAUACAAAGUAUUCACCAAGAUCAUCCUCACACGCAUAUCUAGGACGCUGGAUGAAGCCCAGCCUCAAGAACAAGCUGGAUUCCGCCAAGGGUUCAGCUGCUUGGACCACAUCCAGACCGUGUCGAGGGUCAUAGAGGUUUGCCGGGAAUACCGCCUGCCCCUUGUUCUAACCUUCGUCGACUAUGAGAAAGCCUUUGACAGCGUAGAAACGAAUGCAAUACUGUCAGCGCUGGUCGAUCAAGGUGUGGACGCGUCGUAUGUGAGGACAUUAGCCAAUUGCUACGAACGAUGCACGACUAGGAUACAGCUUUUCCACCGCCCUCUCACCAUACCCAUUGGAAAGGGGGUACGACAAGGCGAUACUAUAUCGCCGAAGCUGUUCACGGCUGCAUUGCAAUGGAUAAUGAAAUCACUAUCCUGGGAAGAAAGGAGCAUACGUGUUGAUGGAAGAUUUCUUUCGAACCUUCGUUUCGCGGACGACAUCGUUCUCUUUUCGAGCAGUACCAAUGAAGCAGAAACGAUGCUCAACGAAUUGAACGAAGCAGGGAAGAGAAUAGGACUACGAAUAAACAGGAAGACACAGUUCAUGAAGAACGCGCACUGCGAGGACGGAGGAGUACAACUUGAAGGCUCCCAAAUCGUGGAAACUCCGUCAUACGUAUACCUCGGACGUUCUAUGAACAUGGAAAACGACUUGAAGGAAGAACUGAAUAGAAGAAUGAGAGCAGCAUGA